AUGGAACGAGCACCACCAAAUAUCACCGCUCUCGUUGCGCUACAGAGUGGGCCUCGCGAAAAUGCAAUGCAGUUUAGACUGUGGCGACUUGAAGCAGGACCUUGUUGGCACCUCGUCAAAGAAGUUUGGACACCCAUGCGAGUUUAUCUGCCUCGGAGAAAAGUUCCCGCGGGGAUGCUGCGUGAUCUGCUAUCCAUGCAGCGAGUUCGAUCAGCCGCAUUCCGUGAGAAGAGGGCGAUGGAUUGGCUGACAUUUCAGACGUACGGAUAUUAUUCCAGUAACGCUUUUGGAAUGGAAUGCCCAGAUGUCGGAUGUAAUUCCAAGUUCCCUGCCUUAGAUGACUGGGUGAAACAUGUGCAGGGGUCCCAUGGUGGGCUCUGGGAUUCCGAUGGGAAAUGUAUGAUAAAGUGCCAUCCAAACACCCCAGCUGAAACAAGAGCUGUUCUGAGCAAGAAGCAAAUUCGCGUUGACCAGAGAAACGCUCUUUCGACCUCAUUGAGGGCGGGGAUUCAGGCCCAGUGGGCUGGAGAUGAGACAGAUGAAAAAGUUCUAUUCAACGACAUCCUGGUGUCUCAAAUGAAGGAACACGGGUUUCUCAAACCUAAUGAUAGUUCGGUGUGGGACUCUGAGUUGUGGGAAAACAAUCAUACUUUGUUUGUGUCUGAUUGCGCUUACAACCUAUAA